UCGUCGAGCUGAUCGGGCGCAAACGGCAAGUUUAACAUCUACACACGCUUUAGCGGAAAUAUUAUACCAGAACGAUGGACCGUUGGGUAGGAAAAGUGGCCAUAGUGACCGGUGCUAGUUCCGGCAUCGGUGCAGCGACCGUGAAAGCCCUUGCCAACGCCGGGAUGAUCACGAUCGGGCUGGCAAGGCGAGUGGAACGAGUGGAUGAGUUAAAAAAGGAACUCCCGGCCGAGGCGGCCAGUAGAGUCCAUGGAUUCCACUGUGACGUCACCAAGGAGGAGGACAUUCUGGCAGCUUUCGCCCACGUCGAGAAGGUUUUCGGUGGUGUGGAUGUGCUGAUCAAUAAUGCCGGAAUAGCGAAGGGAAAGAUCGGCGUCCUGCAGGCGGAUAAUACCGCAACGCUGCGCCAAGUGGUCGAUACGAAUCUGAUGGGCUUGGCCCUCUGUAGCCGGGAAGCGUUCCAGUCGAUGAAACGACGCUCGGUCGAUGGACACAUUGUGCACAUCAACAGCAUCCUCGGCCACAACGUUCCAGAGAACAACCUCAACAUAUACGCCGCCACCAAGUACGGCGUGACGGCACUUACCGAAACCAUGCGCCACGAGCUCCGAUUGGCCGGCACUAAAAUCAAAGUCACGAGCAUCAGCCCGGGUCUGGUUAGGACGGAGAUCAUUUCCGAUCCCAGCUCAGUCGUAGGGUGGCCCAUCCUAGAGCCGGAAGACAUUUCGGACGCAAUCCUAUACGCCCUGGGAACACCGCCCCGCGUGCAGAUUCACGAGCUGACCAUAAAACCGGUUGGUGAACGUGUGUAAGGUGACGAACGGUGCUAGUCACGAAUGUGUAGUAUUGUUGGUCAAGUUUAAAAAUGUAGAUUUACCAAAUUUUUAGAAGAAUUUAAAGUAAAUAAAUAGAAGAAAAAUG